CCAAGGGAGCUUAUUAGGCUUAUAGGAGAGCCAGAGGGAGACUGAUGGGCCUCGCAGCCGUGGACACACACUUCAGUGCUGCAUGGGGAGAUAUAAAAGCCCUCUCACACACAGCGUCCAGCGUCACUGAAGUGCUCCAUUUGACAUGGGUGUGGGUUUCUUACCACAGAGAACGCUUCCUCCAGGACACCAAAGGACUCAGCUUGAAAGAUUUUAAAGAAAAAAGAAACAGUUGGUUUGGACAGCAUGUGACCACAGAAAUUGCCUGUCUUUGAGGAUGGAUGUUUUCUUGGGCAGACAGGUUUUUGGGGUUAUUUAACCGACAGGUUUUUGGGGUUAUUUUUGUUAUGAGAAUGCUAAUGGUGGACAGGCACUGUCAAGCUGUUUGCAGAGGAAAAUACCAAAAUGUUUUUGAACUCUAACUGUUAUUGUGACUUUUGCUGCUUUUGAUCAAGUUUUUCAUAUUUUUUUAAAUGAUCCACAAUUUAUCCAAACCAAACAUUGAAAAACGGAAGCAUUGAGCGAAGAUGGACUCCUCAUUCACCUCAGAGACGUUUCACAAUGCGGGGUCGAUAGCUGACCCCACCACCAGUUAUGUGGACGAGGACAUGUAUCUGCAGGAGGAUCUGGAUGUGUUCAGUGUGACCAUGGCUGUUCUCUACCUGGCUGUGUGCAUCGUAGGGCUGGGCGGGAACACCCUGGUCAUCGUUGCUAUCUUAAAGCUGGACAAGAUGGCUUCUGCCACCACGGUGUACAUCUUCAACCUGGCCCUGGCCGACGGCCUCUUUAUGGUGGGCCUCCCCUUCAUCGCCAUGCAGAAUUUCCAGAACCACUGGGCAUUCGGGGACCUGGCCUGCAAGCUGGUCAUGGUCCUGGACGGCAUCAACCAGUUCACCAGCGUCUUCUGCCUGACCGUGAUGAGCAUUGACCGUUACAUGGCGCUGGUUGACCCGCUGCGGUUCGCCCGCUGGCGCACGCCCAGGCGGGCCAAGAUAGUCAGCGGCUUCCUGUGGCUGUUCUCUCUGUUGCCUGUCCUCCCCAUGACCAUUCAUUUCUCGGCUAGGGACGGCCUGUGUAACCUGGACCCCCAGGUGGCUUCCGACUCCUGGUGGCUGGCCUUCAUCACCUACACAUUUGUCCUGGGCUUUGCUCUGCCCUUCCUGGUUAUGAUUGUCUCCUACACCGCCUUGGUGGUCACACUGAGGACCCACCGCCACCAGGCCAGCUCCCCAGGCCAGGAGAGCCCUCGCCUGGAAACCCAAGUCACCAAGAUGGUGGUGGCGGUGGUGCUGGCAUUCGCCGUGUGCUGGCUGCCGUUCUAUGCCUUCAACUUCUGCUCGCUGUACCAUACGGACCUGGUGCUGACCUUCGCCAGGUGCUUUGAGUUUGUUGUGCUGUUGUCCUAUUCCUGGAGCUGUGCCAACCCCAUCCUGUACGCCUGCCUCUCAGAAACCUUCGGACGCCACUUCCUCACCCUCCUCUGCCCCACYAAGAGGUUUCCCAGUGUGCAAUGCAACCCUGACACGGAGCGCUAUGACCUCAACGAUACAAGCGGGAUGGGCAACAGUGCGGUGGCAUAGAGAUUCCUGAAAAACAUUGGAAACUUUUUUUAUGUACGCCAACUUUCCCUUUAAAUUAUGACAUUUUAUUCUGUGUCUUUGGACAUGUCCUUUGUAUACAAAGGAGGUUGGUAAAGAUUAGUGUGUUUUUCUAUACAAGUGUUUCUACAUACACUUCUGUACAGCUGUUUUUCUACAGGAUAAUAGGUUUUCUAUUUCCGCACCGCUCUGACUUGUUCUCUAAUUUCAUUUCUAAUAAGGCUGCGGUGAGGCCCCGCUGCUCUAUCACACCACUGUAAUUCGAUUUUCCAUAACUAAUUAAAUGAGGAAYAAAUUCUGUGACAACCGAGAGACAACAACAGGUGGCAUGUAAACAAGAUGGUAGCUACAGUAUGUGCCGCUGGCCAAGACAAAGAUCUCCCAGAAGACCCACAAAAGAAGUACACUUAAUGACGGCAAGUUUGCUAUGUGUCCGUCUCUCUAGCAGGAUCGUGUCAUUGAGAUGGCGGCGGCGGCGGGGGGGGGUGGUCAUGUAAUGGAUUUGCCUUGUUAGUGUCCUGACCCGCCAUAGGAACACUUUCACAUCAACUUUGUCUGGACAUUUUCAGUGAUGUCAUGGAAGUCAGCUCAAAGAUGUUUUCUUUAUGGGAAAUUCUUCCUACAGAACUGUUUGGGGUGAGAUACAAAAGACAAGUAGAAAAGGUGUUCGGUUCAUCCCAAGAUUAGUCCUAUAUUGAAUGUUCAUUGAGUAAGAAUGUUUAUACUGUAACUACGGAUGUUUUUUACUUAUUAAAAUGGUAAUAGAGUGAGGUUUUUCCUGAUAAAGGAAGAUGAAUGAAACAUGAAUUACUUUAUGGAAACUUUAUGAUCGAGCAACUGAUUCUUUAUCAAGACAAUGGACAAAGAAAAUACAAGACAGAGAGGGAUGGAAUAAUCAUCUUUAUCAUCAUUAUUAAAAUCAUAAUCAUCACUGCCAUCGUCAUCAACUAUUUUUGUUGUAGUUGCUUUCAUGUUGAAUUUAACGCGCAACCUAUUGUCGUGUUAAAUUAGUUUCACAAUUUACAAAUAAUGUUUAUGGAUACGUAUUACAUAUUGCUGAUUGAAUCUCACCUACUCACUACAGUAUCGUCACCUUUCUGUUUUAAAUAUUAAAUCACACGGGAGAAAAGUAACUGAUGGAAAUUUGCAUUGAAAACAUACAAAUCACAAUUAUGUGUUUUGUCUUCUUUAGGUUCAUUCCAAAAAUGAUUAAUCUGUGAGGCUCAAGUUAAACUACUUAGUAGCAUGCGUGUAUGACUGUAGCCUACCUGGUAUAUAAACAGUUUACUUGUGGUGGAUUGUGUGGUGAAGUCACAUUAUGAGAGAGGCUCUGACUAGGGUUGCAAAGGGAGGGUAUAUUACUGGAAACAUUUCAUGUUUACCAGUA